UUUAUUUUUAUUUUGUCAAAUGCCAACGUGCUGAAUGAUUUUAAUGUUUUUUGUCAACCCUGGGACGCAAAUGUUCACCCCUCACCCAACACUGAUGAUUCACAACGCUGAAUGCCAUGUGAGACCUUAAUGCACAUCAUCUAGCAUUCGUUACAAGGUUAUUUUAAAGUAAGUGUUGACUUUGCUCUUCAAGCACAAACAAGGAAUUACACCUGCCAAUCUGAGUUAUAUGAGUGAGAUGUAAUGUUUUGGUUUGGGGUUGACAGAAACCCUGUCCUUGAAUUAAAUGCCAUAAUGCCAAGCUAAUGCUAUCAUAAACCUGACAUGAAGGCCAUCAUAAUAUUUUAUGACUGUUUUCUCACAGGACAUUAAUGGAAUAUCAUAAUGCGGUCAAAACAGCAUGCAGUAGUUAUCCGAUAGGUCAACCAGUGUUGCAUGUGCCAUGUGAGCGUUACAACUUUACUUCAAACCCUCACUAACAGCAAUCUUAUUUUAUUUAUAGAAGUACAGUAUGUUGGCUCUCUAAUGUUCAGUUCAUAUCAACACCACAAUUUGAAAAGAUUUUCCGCUGGGGUAGAACAGAGAGUACAUCCUGUGUCCUUUAUGUGUUUCCAGUUCCCAGGGGAAAAUUGUGUGCCACCCUUCCCAAAGCCAAAAUGUCGCAAUUCUGUACAAUGCCAGCUGGAGAGAGGAAGGUGCAUGCAGAGGCUAUGUCUCGAGAGGUCCACUGUGCCAAUUGGGACACCAUGGACCUGGGGAUAAAGGUUAGCACUCCCAAAGACAUCAUGCUGGAGGAGCUGUCACUGCAAUCCAACAGAGGCUCUCGUCUUUUCAAAAUGCGCCAGCGAAGAUCAGAGAAAUACACGUUUGAAAGUAUCGUGCAGCUGAGUAGGGAUCCGCUAGCUGAGAAUGUAGACAGUGCCGAAAACAAAGAGGGAUCAAAAACACUUCCUUACACACCCGCCCCAGGAAACCCUUCAAAUCCAGAAAGCAUUGCACUAGGAUAUGGAGGCCCCUUGAAGGAUGUCCCUGCAGAGACGUUCAACUCUACAGCAAUACCCAAGUCCUACCACUCCCCUUGGGAGCAGGCUAUCAUUAACGACCCCAACCUGGCCGAGACCCUCAAUAUCAGGAUGCCAGUCCCUGAACCCAGACCAGAGGCUCCUGAAUACAAGAGCUUUAACAGGGUGGCCACACCGUUUGGUGGUUUCGACAAAGCCCCCCAGAGCAGUGGGAUCACGUUCAAGCUCCCCGAGAUCGACCUGAACCUCCCCAACUACUCUGAGCUCCAGGACCCAGGGGUGAAACGGCCCACCUUCAACAGGGUCGCCCAGGGAUGGAUAACCGACGGCAUCCCACUGAUCCUGCCCACCGUGCCUCUGGAACCUAUGCCCAUCCCUGAGUCCGAUGACCUCUAGAUGACCUUUAAAUGACCCAUAUAUACCUGGAAAGACAAGAGAGCACUGGUCCAACAAGAUCCACUGCUGGCACCUCUAACCUUACUGCCUGAUCUGCGAUAUAGGGGUCGGAGCUGAAGCCUAAAUCAUGAUUAUUGAAUAUGUGCAACCGACGACGAACUGAUGGUUUCAAAUAGGGGUUCCCUGCUGUCCUGUUUCAAUUCUGUGCCAUUUGCAUGAGUAAUGAUACUGAUGGUUAGUUUUGCAAUUGUGUAUUCAGAGAAUAACAUGUAAAUAAAUAGCACACAUGGCAGAAAUGUUAUUGAAAUGUCUAAGAGGAAAAAAUAUGAGUAAUACAUUGAAACUUCAAUACAUCUUUUGGCUUAUAUUGGAUAUCAGAUACAAAAGUAUCUUUGUCUUUAAUUAUGUAGACAUGUUGCCUAUUAAUCUUUUAGAAUGGGCUUAUCAAUGUGCAAAUAAAAAUGUAUAUCUCUUUUCA